AUGACCGGCUCAGUGGAAGAUCUCAACCGUGCGGUUAAUAAAGCAGUAAAUUCCACCUCUCAAGACGUCCCUAAUCGAGCGGACUGGUUGAGCAACCUUGGAAUCUCACUGGGUAUACGUUUCGAGCGGACCGGCUCGAUGGACGAUCUCAACCGUGCCAUCGACGUUACGGAAAUGGCCGUAAAUUCCGCACGUCAAGACCACCCCGAUUGGGCCCGUUGGUUGAACAACCUUGGAAACUGGCUCGAUAAACGAUCCAAUCGAACCGGCUCAAUUGAUGACCUCAACCGUGGUAUUGGUGCUACAGAAAUAGCGGUAAAUUUCGUCCCUGAAGACCACCCGAUCGAGCUGGUUGGUUGA